UGUUUGGACAACGAAUGAAUCAGUAAAUCCACAGAGACCCGGAACACUGAAAGUGUGAUGACUGCAUUACUACUCCUAUCAAGAUGUAGUUACGAGACUCGGUGACGGGAAAGUGGUUCGACACAGGUUUCUAUUAGAUACAGGAGGAGGGAAAAAAGGGUGAACAGGUUUUCCGGUUGCAACGUUACAGACUUGCUAGCUAGCAGCGGAGUUCUCCAACCGGCUUCAUUAGCUUAGCUAGCUAGCAAGCUAACAGGCUGAUGUAGCGACAGCUGCGGUGUAUUCAAGGAAAUGCGGUGGGAGCUUGUCAGGAGGUGUUUAAUUUUGUUUGAAUUUUAAUGUUAGAGCUGACUAGUAUGAAACCUGGUGAUAGCUGCGGAGAACUGUGAGAGGUUUGUUCAGGUGAAGUGACAUACGAGGAGGUGGUGAGGCUGGGCUGCUCAGAUAGUUAUGACCAGUUUCAACAUUACAACCAAGACCUCCACAUUAAGCUCCUCUUUGAGCACCGACGGUAAAGGCUCACCGGUCGGCGUCGACGCCACCAACAACAACAACAAGGAGUGGGAACUGGGAAGCGAUGUGUUCUCGUUCUGUCACGAGAUGAGUCCAAUGGACGAUGCGAUGCAGGCAGGGAUGUCCUCAGUCCAGUCGGGACUGGACGGACACCUGCCGCUUCUCCACGCCAGACACCACAGCACCCAGGGCGGGCUGUUGCUGGACCUGGGCUCCCCGACAGCAUACCUCGACAGCAGCUCCCUGGAGUACAGCGACAACGACGGGAACAACGCUGGUCCGUUGUUCGAGAGGAGAAAGCGGUCGCGGUCCAACAGCUCCAGGCACCGCUUCAGCGAGGUGGUCACGGAGCUCGGUCCGGAAGAGGUGCGGUGGUUCUACAAGGAGGACAAGAAAACGUGGAAGCCCUUUGUCGGGCACGACUCCCUUAAAAUCGAGCUCAUGUUUCGGAAAUACUGUGAGCUGAACCCUGGUGCAGCAGGCUCCCAGGUCAGCGCUGGGCAGGACGAGUGCCGUAAUAACGGCGUGGAGAGCAAGGGGCUGAACGGUGCGGUGCCGGUGGAGACCAGGACCAGCAGUGUGCACGGAGGCCGGGGCUCCCUGGACACAUCCACCGUGUCCUCAGACGAGAGGGACCUUGACAGCAUUGAAACCAACGUGGAGCCUGUUUGUGUCCGGGGAGGGCUGUAUGAGGUGGAUGUUAAAGAGAGGGAAUGCAGUCCUGUUUAUUGGAAGCAACAAGACCACAUUCCGGUCAUGAGAGGCCAAUGGUUUAUUGACGGUACCUGGCUCCCAUUGGAAGAAGAGGAAAGUGACCUCAUCGAGCAGGAACACCUGAACCAUUUCCGGGGGCAACAAAUGCAGGACACCUUCGAGACGGAUUUGGUGGUCAGGACUGUCGAUAGCAAAGACGUUCUCUCCCACCUGCCCCCUUUUUACCUCCCUUUUCUGUUCAAAUGGAGUGGAUAUCAGACGAGUGCUAAAACUACAUGUCACAAGCGCAAACGCUGCCAAGCCAUCCACAGUCUGAAGCUGAGUCGGACCCAUGUGGACUGGCACAGCGUGGAUGAGGUAUACCUCUACAGUGAUGCCACCACUUCCAAAAUUGCACGCACCGUCACCCAGAAGCUGGGCUUCUCCAAAGCCUCUAGCAGUGGAACACGGCUCCAUCGGGGUUAUGUUGAGGAGGCUUCACCUGAGGACAGACCGCCUCUGACUACACACGUUGUCUUUGUGGUCCAUGGGAUUGGACAGAAGAUGGACCAGGGACGCAUUAUUAAAAACACUGGAAUGCUGAGGGAGGGAGUGAGGAAGAUGGAGGAGAAGCACUUUUCAGAGUACAACGACGAGCAUGUGGAGUUCCUGCCUGUCGAGUGGCGCUCUAAACUUGCACUGGAUGGAGAUACGGUAGACUCAAUAACACCAGACAAAGUAAGAGGACUGAGAGAUCUACUCAACAGCAGUGCCAUGGACAUCAUGUACUACAACAGCCCCCUUUACCGGGACGAGAUUACCAAGGGCCUAACCCAGGAGCUAAACAGACUGUACUCACUGUUCUGCUCCCGGAACCCCGAGUUUGAGGAGAGGGGAGGCAAAGUGUCCAUUGUGUCCCACUCCCUCGGCUGCGUCAUCACCUAUGACAUCAUUACCGGAUGGGAUCCUGUGCGCUUCUGUCUGCAGGAGCAUCAUGCUGUGGAGGAGGAGCUGGACCUACGCUGGAUGUCCUAUGAGGAGAGGCACCUUUUAGAGCAGCUGCGGCACACGAGGACAAGGUUGCGAGAGCUGGAAAAUCAGCUCCUCACACUGGAAGCCUCUAAACCCUCAGCACCACCAGCCCUCAAAUUUAAGGUGGAAAACUUCUUCUGCAUGGGUUCUCCUCUGGCGGUGUUCUUGGCCCUGAGAGGGAUCCGCCCUGGUACCAGCUGCCACCAGGACCACAUCCUGCCCACUGCCAUCUGCAGCAGGCUCUUCAAUGUCUUCCACCCCACAGACCCUGUGGCCUACAGACUGGAGCCCCUCAUCCUCAAACAUUACAGCAAUAUUGCACCAGUUCAGAUACACUGGUGUAGCGCCACUAACCCCACAUCCUACGAUGAGAUCCGGCCCACCUUCCUGAACCCAGUCAAAGACCCAACCUCCGACACUGAGAGCAUCCCCAGCCCUAGCACCUCUCCCGUCCUCCCCCGCAGGCACUACGGAGAGUCCAUCACCAGUCUGGGCAAGGCCAGCAUACUGGGAGCGGCGAGCAUUGGCAAGGGCAUCGGAGGCAUCCUCUUCUCACGUUUCUCCCGCUCCAACAGCCAGCCCUCGGUGUCCUUAGGACUUGAGGGUGGUGCAAACGCUGAGGAAGAGGAGCAGAAGCGGACAGAAAGCCAGUCAGCGUACGGCCUCUCCAGCAUGACUCGGCCCACCUCACCCACUGCUGACACAUCACUGGAGCUGGAGCGACGCAUCGACUUUGAGCUCCGAGAGGGUCUGGUGGAGAGUCGCUAUUGGUCAGCGGUGACCUCACACACGGGCUACUGGUGCUCACAUGACAUAGCACUCUUCCUGUUGACCUUCAUAUACAAGCAGAAGGCGCCACCCUCUGACCCGGCAGAAGAUACACCGGAGCCAGACUGAGCAGCACAUUUAUUACAACAUGUACACACUUGAAUGGUGUCUUAUAACCCUUAGGGGGUCAACAAGGCACGAAAAUAAACUUAAGUCAUCUAUUUUUCAUGCACACAAACUGUUCAAGUACGCUAAUCAUCUGUUUUCCUAUAGCUCCCAGUGAUCCACUUGGGAGUCAUUACUGACAAACUGACUUAAUUCCAAGACGUGCAUUUUUGCCUCUUUUUGUGUAGUUUGUACACAUUUGCGCACCCUAAGGGUGACAGUGUUGGACUAGGAACCCCUAAGGAGGUGCACCCUUUGCCAGUAUGACCACAAGCUACAUAUGAACAUGGAAUAUGAGACUAAUGAGUUGGAUGCAUCGGAGUUUGUUGCACCCAGAGGCAGAGAGUCCUAACUUCAUCCCCAAGUCUUCAACCUUAAACAGCUGCAGCCUGUUGAUAAAGUGUCCAUACGUUCCCUCUGAAUCAGUGCUUCAAUCCAGCAUCUCUCCCGCAGACUCACUCUGGAGCCUUGUGACACUUUUGCCUGACCUUCAAGUCAAUGAGGCCUCGAGUUCUGUGUCUGUGCUUUUAAACCUUUCUUUCUACAUGAAGGAGGGGGAAAAUUAUUCCUAAAAAAGAAAAAAAUAGUUUUAUCUUUGACCUUUAGCGACUACAUCGGGGGAAAAAACGCAAUGCUCACAAGCAAAUGCAAUGCCUUUCAAAAUUAGCCAAAUUAAAUUAUUCAUGCAGAAUAUGUCUGUUUAGUUCUUCUAAAAAGCUUAGGGCAUUAUCCCUUUAAUAAUGUUCUGGAAGUACAAAGAAAGACAUAACAAACAUGCUAUUUUUGGUUUUAACGUGACUGUUGAAAUAGAUGAGCACCAAAUGAAAACAUGAGCAAAGCGCCACUUUUAUACACAACUGUUACAGCUGAACAUCACACAGGACAGCAUCAGUUUCCAUAUGGCUUUCACGUACAGAGGUUUACAACCAUAUGAAGCUUGUGUCAUCACAUGCAUAUCUAUGCUCUUAAACAACGGUCGGACAUGUGUAGUUAUUUUCUUUGACUCAGUUUAUGUCUAAAAAUCUCUUGAUGAUGUCAUUUACAAGACAAGAGGUCUCACACAAAAGCAACCACAAUCAUUCAAUCAAAUCUCCAUGCUUCUACAUUCAGGCUACGUUAUGGAGUGAACUUUCUGUGCUAUAUCUUUAUAUUGCUAUCCAGAUGAAAUCAGUAGUACUAGAUGUAUUUUUUCUUAAAAAAAGAAAUAUUUUUCCUAGAGAUUUUCAGGCUCUUGUGGGUAGAAAACCCGGAUCUCAUCUCGGCGAAAAUGGGAUUCAAACAUGCGGCCAAAUAACAUUUAUGUGUCUAACUUAUUAGCUGCUCGGCUUUCAUAAGACCAAGGCUAAUUCCUACUCUGAAAAAGACAUUGGCCGAGAGUAAAAAGUAGCGUCUUUUUUGUUUUUCUGUUUGGAGGCUUUGGUGAUACAUUGCACACAAAGAUUAAUUGUAUCAUGUUUGCCUUUAUUGUGAUCAAUUCACACAUUCCCCUUUUGAGCAAUGGAUGCGUCUGCUUGUCUUUUUAUUCAUGUGAAAACUGGUUUAGUUAACGUUACAACAUCUGUGUAUUUUCCAGCCACUUGACAUGUUUCAUUGCCUGACUGACACUACUCGCAAAUUUACUCUGAACAGAUAUGAAAACGUGGACAACUGGAGGCAGCAAAUCAUGAUUUUUGUUUUCUAAAAAUAACAUUUGCUGCUUAACAUGACUCUUGCCUUAUGUUUGUUAGAGCAGUUUCUAAAAAAACCAAACACUCCAGUAAUGACCGAUCGUAUGCCAGACAAAUGUGGUCCUUUUAAAAACAGGCCCAGUAAUAAUCAUGGGGGAAGUAAGAAAACAUACCCAGUUUGCAUGUUGUUGAUAGUAAAUAGAUGUUGGAACAAGAAGACAUUGCAGUGAGUGCCAACACACAUCUGAGAAUCUGCUAUGUGUUCUUUAUUGAGUAUACAACCACAUGAUUGUUUAUGGAUUUCUAAUUAAAUCAUUUCUAAGAUAUUUGCUAAUGAUGCAAACGUGGAAUCACUCUCAGAUUAAUGUUCUUCAAGUGAGUUGCAUUUAACAGACUUGAUUAUCAUCAGUGUCAAAUUUUCUUUGUGUCCUGCUUGUUGCAAUAUCGGAGUUACGUAAGAGCUUAUUUUAAUUUGCUAUGGUGCAAGCUGCUGCUUUACUGUUCCACACAAUCAAGGGCUGUUGUUGACUGCUCCACCACUGACUGGAAUCCAUUUAUCGGUUUUAAUGUCUGUGUUAUUUAUGCAAAAGCCGAGUGACUGAAACCAGGCUGCCUGUCGGAUGACCAGAUGUGUGACUGAGAAGUAGUUUGGAAGCAGGGACAGAUAAGGGAUAGGGUUACGAAAGUGUUUCUAUAUUUGAUCUGGUGGAUCCUGCCCAUACAUCAGGCAUGAAUUGCACAGAAAUUACGUCGUAAACGGCCUGUUGUUGAUUUUAUUUUAUUUUUUUCUAAGCUUGUUUUACAUUGGAUGCAGAAAGCAGUUUUAUUUCUUGGACGGCAGGCAUGCAGUUUACUUUAGAGACCUUAGACAUGUAAUGCAAAAUACGAGGACAGUUCCAUCGUUGCCUCUUUAUCUUUAAGUCACACUGUGUAGGUUCUGACACAACGAAUGCGUCUGGUAGGAGUGUGGACAGACCAUCGCUAUAACAAUGUUCCUGCCGGUGUUUGUGAUUUGGCUGUUUCCAAAAUGUAUGUAAAAUUUGUAUAUUGUCCCUUCUUGUCACUCUUAAUUCAAGCACAGAUUUUCAACUGUACUCACUCUGCUUGCUUAAAGAAAGAAAAAAAAAAAAACCUUUGACCAUAUGAGCAUUUAAUGCACAGCAUUUUGAAUGAUGGAUAUUUUUCUUGUUAAAGGCACCAUAAGCAUCAGGGAAAGUCUGCUGUUACAUGUUUUGUAGAUUCAACACUGUUGUUGACCCCAGUUUGAAGCCAUCAUUGAGGAAAAAGAACUACUAGCUGUCACAGACGUGUCUUGAAAUGUUCUUAUAGAAUGUGGGCCGCAGUCAUAUGUAGUCAGUCACUGGGUGAGGAAGAGAAAUAAGCAUUGAAUUUCAUCAUGGGUGUAUUGAAUGAAAUGUGUUCAAUUUGUGUCCGGUAACACUGUUCCUCUAACUUGGAAAAGUGUUUUUGUCUGUCAUUAGAGCUGUGCAAUAACCCAUGCCUGUAAUGGAUUCUAACUGCCAUCCAAAGCACUGUAUUUAUUUCCUUUUAUUAAAGCAUUUCUUUUUUUGGA